UCUUUGCUGACCCGGAAGCAGAGCUGUGCAGCGGAGGCGCUGCCGUGGAGCCGCCUUGGAGCCACCGCCCCCUCGCCGCUUCGCCGCUGCGUUGGGGAACCUGGACCGCGGCGGCGCCGGGUUGCCCUCAUGAUCCCGGGCGGGCGGCGGCGGCGGCAGAGGCGGCGGGAGGAUGACCUCUUACCGGGAGCGGAGUGCCGACCUGGCCCGUUUCUACACUGUCACCGAGCCCCAGCGACACCCAAGGGGCUACACAGUAUAUAAGGUCACCGCCCGGGUUGUUUCACGAAGAAAUCCAGAGGAUGUCCAGGAGGGAGAAUCCUGAACCAACCUAUCCAUGAACAUACUCUCUGCCAUUUUCUUAGUCCUUUUUUCGGGAAAACUCUUUUAUAAUAACAACUGUUGGUGAACCAUUCAUCAGAAAACUCUUAUAAUUGUAUGGAAGAGAUACAGUGAUUUUAAGAAACUACACAAAGAACUAUGGCAAAUUCACAAAAACUUAUUCCGACAUUCAGAGUUGUUUCCUCCAUUUGCUAAAGGAAUAGUGUUUGGGCGAUUUGAUGAAACUGUUAUCGAAGAGAGAAGACAAUGUGCUGAAGACCUGCUACAGUUCUCUGCCAAUAUUCCUGCUCUUUACAAUAGUAAACAGCUUGAAGACUUUUUCAAGGGUGGAAUAAUUAAUGAUAGUUCUGAAUUAAUUGGUCCUGCUGAAGCUCACUCAGAUUCCCUCAUUGAUACCUUUCCUGAGUGUAGUACGGAAGGCUUCUCGAGUGACAGUGAUCUGGUAUCUCUUACUGUUGAUGUGGAUUCUCUUGCUGAGUUAGAUGAUGGAAUGGCUUCCAAUCAAAAUUCUCCCAUUAGAACUUUUGGUCUCCAUCUUUCUUCGGAUUCUUCAGCACUAGGGGCUGUUGCUUCUGACAGUGAACAGAGCAAAACAGAAGAAGAACGGGAAAGUCGUAGCCUCUUUCCUGGCAGUUUAAAACCCAAGCUUGGCAAGAGAGAUUAUUUGGAGAAAGCAGGAGAAUUAAUAAAGCUGGCUUUAAAAAAGGAAGAAGAAGACGACUAUGAAGCUGCUUCUGAUUUUUAUAGGAAAGGAGUUGAUUUACUCCUAGAAGGUGUUCAAGGAGAGUCAAGCCCUACCCGUCGAGAAGCUGUGAAGAGAAGAACAGCUGAGUAUCUCAUGCGGGCAGAAAGUAUCUCUAGUCUUCAUGGGAAACCUCAGCUUGAUGAUGUAUCUCAGCCUCCAGGAUCACUAAGUUCAAGGCCCCCUUGGAACCUAAGGAGCCCUGCCGAGGAGCUGAAGGCCUUCAGAGUCCUUGGGGUGAUUGACAAGGUUUUACUUGUAAUGGACACAAGGACAGAACAGACUUUCAUUUUAAAAGGUCUAAGGAAAAGCAGUGAAUACAGCAGGAACAGAAAGACCAUCAUCCCCCGCUGUGUGCCCAACAUGGUGUGUCUGCAUAAGUACAUCAUCUCUGAGGAGUCAGUAUUUCUUGUGCUGCAGCAUGCAGAAGGUGGCAAACUGUGGUCAUAUAUCAGUAAAUUUCUAAACAGAAGUCCUGAAGAAAGCUUUGACAUCAAGGAAGUGAAAAAAUCUACACUUGCAAAAGUUCACCUGCAACAGCCAACUUCUAGUCCUCAGGACAGCAGUAGCUUUGAAUCCAGAGGAAGUGAUGGUGGAAGCAUGCUUAAAGCUCUGCCUUUGAAGAGUAGUCUUACUCCAAGUUCUCAAGAUGACAGCAACCAGGAAGAUGAUGGCCAAGAUAGCUCUCCAAAGUGGCCAGAUUCUGGUUCAAGUUCAGAAGAAGAAUGUACUACUAGUUAUUUAACAUUAUGCAAUGAAUAUGGGCAAGAAAAGAUUGAACCAGGGUCUUUGAAUGAGGAGCCCUUCAUGAAGACUGAAGGGAAUGGUGUUGAUACUAAAGCUAUUAAAAGCUUCCCAACACACCUUGCUGCUGACAGUGACAGCCCCAGCACACAGCUGAGAGCUCAUGAGCUGAAGUUCUUCCCCAACGAUGACCCAGAAGCAGUUAGUUCUCCAAGAACAUCAGAUUCCCUCAGUAGAUCAAAAAAUAGCCCCAUGGAAUUCUUUAGGAUAGACAGUAAGGAUAGCGCAAGUGAACUCCUGGGACUUGACUUUGGAGAAAAAUUGUAUAGUCUAAAAUCAGAACCUUUGAAACCAUUCUUUACUCUUCCAGAUGGAGACAGUGCUUCUAGGAGUUUUAAUACUAGUGAAAGCAAGGUAGAGUUUAAAGCUCAGGACACCAUUAGCAGGGGCUCAGAUGACUCAGUGCCAGUUAUUUCAUUUAAAGAUGCUGCUUUUGAUGAUGUCAGUGGUACUGAUGAAGGAAGACCUGAUCUUCUUGUAAAUUUACCUGGUGAAUUGGAGCCAACAAAAGAAGCUGCGGCAAUGGGAGCUACUAAGUUUACACAAACUAAUAUAGGGAUAAUAGAAAAUAAACUCUUGGAAGCCCCUGACGUUUUAUGCCUUAGGCUUAGUACUGAACAAUGCCAAGCACGUGAGGAGAAAGGCAUAGAGGAACUGAGUGAUCCCUCUGGGCCCAAAUCCCAUAGUAUAACAGAGAAACACUAUGCACAGGAGGAUCCCAGGAUGUUAUUUGUAGCAGCUGUUGAUCAUAGUAGUUCAGGAGAUAUGUCUUUGUUACCCAGCUCAGAUCCCAAGUUUCAAGGACUUGGAGUGGUUGAGUCAGCAGUAACUGCAAACAACACAGAAGAAAGCUUAUUCCAUAUUUGUAGUCCACUCUCAGGUGCUAAUGAAUAUAUUGCAAGCACAGACACUUUAAAAACAGAAGAAGUAUUGCUGUUUACAGAUCAGACUGAUGAUUUGGCUAAAGAGAAACCAGCUUCUUUAUUCCAGAGAGACUCUGAGACUAAGGGAGAAAGUGGUUUAGCGCUAGAAGGAGACAAGGAAAUACAUCAGAUUUUUGAGGACCUUGAUAAAAAAUUAGCACUAACCUCCAGGUUUUACAUCCCAGAGGGCUGCAUUCAAAGAUGGGCAGCUGAAAUGGUGGUAGCCCUUGAUGCUUUACAUAGAGAGGGAAUUGUGUGCCGCGAUUUGAACCCAAACAACAUCUUAUUGAAUGAUAGAGGACACAUUCAGCUAACGUAUUUUAGCAGGUGGAGUGAGGUUGAAGAUUCCUGUGACAGCGAUGCCAUAGAGAGAAUGUACUGUGCCCCAGAGGUUGGAGCAAUCACUGAAGAAACUGAAGCCUGUGAUUGGUGGAGUUUGGGUGCUGUCCUCUUUGAACUUCUCACUGGCAAGACUCUGGUUGAAUGCCAUCCAGCAGGAAUAAAUACUCACACUACUUUGAACAUGCCAGAAUGUGUCUCUGAAGAGGCUCGCUCACUCAUUCAACAGCUCUUGCAGUUCAAUCCUCUGGAACGACUUGGUGCUGGAGUUGCUGGGGUUGAAGAUAUCAAAUCUCAUCCAUUUUUUACCCCUGUGGAUUGGGCAGAACUGAUGAGAUGAACGUAAUGCAGGGUUAUCUUCACACAUUCUGAUCUUCUCUGUGACAGGCAUCUCCAGCACUGAGGCACCUCUGCCUCACAGUUACUUAUGGAGCACCAAAGCAUUUGGAUAAAGAUCAUUAUAGGAAAUGGGGGGGGGAAAUGGCUAAAAGAGAACAAUUCGUUUACAAUUAUAAGAUAUUAGCUAAUUGUGCCAGGGGCUGUUAUAUACAUAUCUUCAACCAAGGCGUGAUCUGAAUUUAAUCCACAUUUGGUGUUGCAGAUGAGUUGUAAAGCCAACUGAAAGAGUCCCUUCAAGAAGUUCCUCUGAUAGGAAGCUAGAAGAGUAGAAUGAAGUUUUACUUGAAAGAAGGACCUUUACAUGGCAGCUAACAGUGCUUUUUGCUGACCAGGAUUGGUUUAUAUGAUUAAAUUAAUAUUUGCUUAAUAAUACACUAAAAGUACAUGAACAAUGUCAUCAGUGCAACUUAAAAGUGAGAAAAAAGAAUAUACACACAAUUUCUGAUGGAAAACCUGUACCCUGAUGCUGUAUAAUUAAUGUAUGUUGAAUGUGGUCCCAGAUUAUUUCUGUAAGAAGACACUCCAUGUUGUCAGCUUUGUACUCUUUGUUGAUACUGCUUAUUUAGAGAAGGAUUCAUAUAAACACUCACUCUGUGUCUUCAAUAGCAUCUUUCUUUCCCUGUCUUUCCAUUUUCUGCACCCUCUGCUUGUUCCCUCAUAUUCUGUUCUUCCAACUCCUGCUAACACACAUGCAACAAAAAAGGGAAGGGAGUGCUUAUUUCCCUUUGUGUAAGGACUAGGAAAUCAUGAUGUCAAAUAAACAUGGUGAAACAUUA